CCGCCCGCCGUCCGGGAGCCGCAGCCGCCGCCACCACCACUCCCGCUCUCUGCGCCGCCGCCGCCGCCGCCGCCGCCGCCGCCGCUGCCGCCACUGCCACCGCCACAGGCUGAGUCUGCAGCCCCGAGAUCUCAGCCAUCAUGUCGAUAGAGAAGAUCUGGGCCCGGGAGAUCCUGGACUCCCGUGGGAAUCCCACAGUGGAGGUGGAUCUCCACACUGCCAGAGGUCUUUUCCGGGCUGCGGUGCCCAGUGGAGCUUCCACUGGGAUCUAUGAGGCCCUGGAGCUGAGGGAUGGGGACAAACAGCGUUACUUAGGCAAAGGUGUCCUGAAGGCAGUGGACCACAUCAACACCACCAUCGCUCCUGCCCUCAUCAGCUCAGGCCUCUCUGUGGUGGAGCAGGAGAAGCUGGACAACCUGAUGCUGGAGCUGGAUGGGACUGAGAACAAGUCCAAGUUUGGGGCCAAUGCCAUCCUGGGUGUGUCCCUGGCCGUGUGUAAGGCAGGUGCAGCUGAGCGGGAGUUGCCCCUAUACCGCCACAUUGCUCAGCUGGCUGGAAACUCGGACCUCAUCCUGCCCGUGCCGGCCUUCAAUGUGAUCAAUGGUGGCUCUCAUGCUGGGAAUAAGCUGGCCAUGCAGGAAUUUAUGAUCCUCCCAGUGGGCGCCGAGAGCUUUCGGGAUGCCAUGCGACUCGGGGCGGAGGUCUACCACACACUCAAGGGGGUCAUCAAGGACAAGUACGGCAAGGAUGCCACCAACGUGGGAGAUGAAGGCGGCUUUGCCCCCAACAUCCUAGAGAACAGUGAAGCCCUGGAGCUGGUGAAGGAAGCCAUCGACAAGGCUGGCUACACAGAAAAGAUUGUCAUUGGCAUGGAUGUCGCUGCCUCGGAGUUUCAUCGUGAUGGCAAAUAUGACUUGGACUUCAAGUCUCCUGCUGAUCCUUCCCGAUACAUCACUGGGGACCAGCUGGGGGCCCUCUACCAGGACUUUGUCAGGGACUAUCCUGUGGUCUCCAUUGAGGACCCCUUUGACCAGGAUGAUUGGGCUGCCUGGUCGAAGUUCACAGCCAAUGUAGGGAUCCAGAUUGUGGGUGAUGACCUGACCGUGACCAACCCAAAGCGUAUCGAGCGGGCAGUGGAGGAAAAGGCCUGCAACUGUCUGCUGCUCAAGGUCAACCAGAUCGGUUCUGUCACUGAAGCCAUCCAAGCGUGCAAGCUGGCCCAGGAGAAUGGCUGGGGGGUCAUGGUGAGUCAUCGCUCAGGAGAGACUGAGGACACGUUCAUCGCCGACUUGGUGGUGGGGCUGUGCACAGGCCAGAUCAAGACUGGAGCCCCGUGCCGUUCGGAGCGUCUGGCUAAGUACAACCAGCUCAUGAGAAUUGAAGAAGAGCUGGGGGACGAAGCCCGCUUCGCUGGACAUAAUUUCCGCAAUCCCAGUGUGCUGUGAUCCCUCUCCUUGCCCGGAUACUUGGAACCCCUCUCCCAUCCUCCUGGAACCUCUUUCUUCCUGUCCUGCUCUGUGACCUCUCACCCCGGACCUCCUGGCUGACCUGCUGCGCUGCUCCUUGGCUUGUCCGGCCCCUGCUGUGUGCUCUCCCCGCUCCGGGUUCCACACUCUCCACUUCUCUGUCCUUUCUAUUCUCUCUCCUCAAAAACUGGCCAUGGGACUGAGGAUUAGAAGGGUGUCCAUGGAAGAACAGUCAGGGUCUGGGACAGGUGCAUCGGGGUGGUUGGCGAGGCGUAUCGAGAGGGGCCAUGUGUCACUGUGUGUGUCGCUUCUAGACGUUUUCCAUGUUGCGUAGGAGCCAGGAAGCGCGGGGAGCUGAGGUGGAGGGGUGUGCUGGCCGCGUGGUCAUGCCUGGCCCGAGCCUUUAGUGGAUUAUUUAUUCAUUCAUUUGUCUUCUUAAUUAAUUCAUCGUUUCUCCAUAACUUGUGAGCCCAAACCUGGCCUGACUAGAAGUGAGUGAGUGUGUGUGUGUGUGUGUGUGUGUGUGUGUGUGUGUGUGUGUGAGAUGUGACAAGAUUCGGAGAUGGCCUGGGGCUGGGAGGUCUUGCUGGAACGGGAAGGGUAACAGAAAAGGGCCUUGCCCAUCAGCUCGUUUGUGUCUAGCAGCCCUUAGCCAAAGCCGGCUCGGUCAAGAGGUGGGGCCGUGUGCCCGGGGACUCUUCCCCCUAACUCUCUCCUCAGCCCCGGCUUCCCUGUUCUUCCUCCAGCUGCACCAGAGCAAUGUCUCACUCCCCUGUGCCAUGUUCCACAGUUGCCACCCCCUCUGUGGCGUGGAAAUGAGCACCACCAUUAAAGUCUGAAUCACAGUG